AUGCAGACCAGGACGGUUCAGGUGGAGCGGUUGUCAGAUCUAGCCGGCGAGAGAGAGAUUCACGAGUUCUUCUCCUUCUCCGGCGAAAUCGAACACAUUGAGAUCCGGCGAGAGAAUGGGAAGUCAGCAUUCGUUACAUUCAAAGACGCCAAAGCCCUUGAAAUUGCUUUGCUAUUAUCGGGGGCAACUAUUGUGGACCAAAUAGUGACAAUUACUCCUGCCAAAGACUAUACCCCAAAUCCGAGUCGUGAGCUUCAGGAAGUAAGGGUGGUGGAGUAUGCUGUCUCUGUUAGUCCUUCCAACAAUUCUUCAUCUCAUUUUGAGGAAAAAGCUAGUCCACCACGGACAAAAGUUUAUGUCAACAGAGCACAAGAAGUUGUUACAACCAUGUUGGCUAAAGGGUCAGCUAUCAGUCAAGAUGCAGUGAAUAAAGCUAAGGCAUUUGAUGAGAAGCAUCGCUUGACUGCCAAUGCAUCGGCCAAGGUCAUUUCCUUUGAUCAGAGAGUGAAGUUGUCAGAGAAAUUUACUGUAGGGAUUUCAGCUGUUAAUGAGAAAGUGAAGUCAGUUGAUCAAAGACUUCAUGUUUCGGAUAGAACAAUGGCAGCAAUCUUUGCAGCAGAAAGGAAAAUCAAUAACACGGGAUCUGCUGUCAAAUCUAGCAGGUAUGUGACAGCUGGAACAUCUUGGCUCAAUGGUGCAUUUGGUAAAGUGGCAAAGGCAGGACAAGUUGCUGGGGCGAAAACCCGGGAAAAGUUUAACACGGCUGUUUCUAACUUGGCUGCUAAGGACACUCCGAUUGCUGUUUAA